CUAUAUCCAACAGCUUUCGUAGAGACAUCAUUGAUUUCAUUUUGCAACGCUUUGGAAGGACUGGGUGCGAUGUUGCAGUGGAACUGGGGGUCUACAAGGGAGAAACUACGGCACUGCUGAGCCGAUAUUGUCAUCAAGUCUGGGCAAUCGACGACUCUUUGAAGCUUCUUGCAGACUCAUUAUGACUACACAACGAGGUCGUUUAGUUCUUUUCAAGAAGUCUGACUCUAAUUCUCCCCUCCUAACGAUGAUGAACAUCGUAUUCGUAAUUGUUUUAUCGGGUUUACGUUUACCUAUGAAUCAACAAAACCUUGCCAGACACCUCUGAUGAACAUCUUGGAAAAAAAUCUAAUGCCUGCCAUAAAGCACCUGCGACAGCGAAAGAACAUCCUCUUCUUUCGAUUGCACUCUUUUCUCGACACUCCUUGGACAAUAAGUACAACUGAUAAUGCUGAUUCAUCAGGUUCCGAC